CGUCUAGGAAAUGAGGCCGCGCGAAACCACUCCUGUCCCCGCCCGAGUCCGACGGGACAGAGCCGGCCUAGCCAGGGGGACCGUGCACCCUCGAGGAGCCCGCAGCCAGGGUCCUCGGGCCCCGCUCUGCGCGGCGUUCCCGCGGCUCCAGGUUCCAGACUCUGUCAUCCCGGGCGGGGUCCAGUCGGAACCUCGCACCCUCGCCAGGAGCCGUCCUUUCCAUCCGCGGGUUCCCGCUUCUCCUCCUCUGGGCGAGGUUUGGAGGGCCGCGACCGUGACCGGUGGCCGCCAGCCUGGGAAAGGUGGACAGGAGCACCGCGCCCGAGUAACGGUGCACCCAGCACGGAAGGAGUGUCGCCUGCAGGUCACCCAGAGGACACCGGGAGCAGAAUUCCUGGGGUGGGAGUGAGGGGAGGUGGGAGAGGAGAGGCAGGCAGGGGGCGGCUGGGCGUUGGAUAGGAAGCACUGCCGGCCUGCGGCCUGACCUUCCAGGGCACCCCCCAGGAGAGGCGAGGAGGGCCAGCACAGGGCGCCCGCACGCCUCCCGGCGCACUCCCCCUGCGCCCGGCGCUCCAGCCGCCGGCCCCGGGCCCCAGCUGCUUCCAGCUCCACGACCGUUGGACGCCGGGUGGGGUCCAUCGGGAGAGGUAGGAGGGAGCCAGUGACGGGGCAGACAGGCGGCGGGAGCUCGCGCGGUCUCCGCGGACAGACUCCCGCACCAAGGGCGCCCCGCCACCUUCCUGCGCUGUCCCCGAAGAUGUCCGGAGCUAUCUUCGCUCCCCUGGAGGGCCCGAGCGCGCUGGACGCGGCAAGCGGCCACCCGCUUGUGUGCCCGCUGUGCCACGCGCAGUACGAGCGCCCGUGCCUGCUGGACUGCUUCCACCACUUCUGCGCCGGCUGCCUGCGCGGCCGCGCCGCUGAUGGCCACCUCUCCUGCCCGCUGUGCCAAUACCAGACGGUGGUGAAGGGCCCCAGCGGGCUCCCUCCAGUGGAUCGGCUGCUGCAGUUCCUGGUGGACAGCUCAGGAGAUGGCCUGGAGGUGGUGCGCUGUGCCAACUGUGACCUGGAGUGCGGCAAGCAGGACGCGGAGACCACGUACUUCUGCAACACCUGCGGGCAGCCGCUGUGCGCGCGCUGCCGCGACGAGACGCACCGGGCACGCAUGUUCUCGCGCCACGACAUCGUGGCCUUGGGCCAGCGCAGCCGCGACGUGCUCCAGAAGUGCACGCUGCAUGCCGAACCCUACAUCAUGUUCUCCACCGACAAGAAGUCGCUGCUGUGCAUCCGCUGCUUCCGGGACAUGCAGAGGGAGAGCCGGGCCCACUGCGUGGAUCUCGAGUCGGCGUAUGUGCAGGGCUGCGAGCGGCUGCAGCAGGCGGUGCUGGCAGUGAAGGCCCUGCAGACCGCCACGCGGGAGGCCAUCGCGCUGCUGCAGGCGAUGGUGGAGGAGGUGCGACGCAGCGCAGCCGAUGAGGAGGCCGCCAUCCACGCCCUCUUCGGCAGUAUGCAGGACAAACUGGCAGAGAGGAAAGCGCUGCUGCUUCAAGCUGUGCAGAGCCAGUAUGAAGAAAAGGACAAGGCCUUCAAGGAGCAGCUCUCCCAUUUAGCCACUCUGCUGCCCACCCUGCAGGUUCACCUGGUCAUCUGCUCUUCCUUCCUCAGUUUGGCCAACAAGGCUGAGUUCCUGGACCUGGGCUAUGAGCUGAUGGAGAGACUGCAAGGCAUCGUCACACGGCCACAUCGCCUGAGGCCGGCACAGAGCAGCAAGAUCACCAGCGACCACCGCAACGAGUUUGCACGCUGCCUGGAGCCGCUGCUGCUGCCGGGGCCACGCUGGGCGGCGGGUGCUGGGGGUGGCACCAGCAUGCUAGCAGGGGGCUCGGGCCCCAAAGUAAUGCUGGGGCCCAGCUGUCCUUCCCCAGUGGGAAAGAUGUUGGGGUCACCGGUCCAAAAGCCCACGCUGCACCGGUCCAUCAAUACCAAGGUGCUGCUGGCAGAGGGUGAUGAUUCACCCUUCACGGAGCACUGCCGCCACUAUGAGGACUCCUACCGGCGCCUGCAGGUGGAGAUGCAGAACCUGAAGGACCAGGUCCAGGAGUUGCACCGGGACCUCACCAAGCACCACUCGCUCAUCAAGGCCGAGAUCAUGGGCGACAUUCUGCACAAGUCCUUGCAGGUGGACGCCCAGAUCACCGCGGAGUACGCGUCUGUGGAGGGGAUGAGAGUCGUCUUCCAGGAGAUUUGGGAGGAAUCCUACCAGCGGGUGGCUAAUGAGCAGGAGAUUUAUGAAGCCCAGCUCCGUGACCUUCUCCAGCUGAAACAGGAGAAUGCCUACCUGACCACCAUCACCAAGCAGAUCACACCCUACGUCCGCUCCAUUGCCAAGGUGAAGGAGCGGCUGGAGCCCAGGUUUCAGGCACCCGUGGAUGAACAGUCGGACCACCUGCAAAACACGUAUGACGACGGCGUGAAUGGCGAGACCCAGGCCAGGAACGAUCCAGUAAGUGUCUUGGAAAAGAGAGAGAAGACCUCAGAGCCUAAAGGGAACAGCCGGGCUCUGAGCAGCCUCACAGAUGAGCCUUCACUGAAAAACAAAGAUUCUCAUAGACCCAAACCGAAAAACGGGGGUGACGUCCCCACGCGGAGAGAGCGCCCAGCCUAGCAACUGGGACUGGUCCCUGCGGGUUGGGCAUUUUACAAAGGCUGGGAAAGUGAAGGAAAGGUGGUUCCCAUUGGUUUUUUUUUUUUUUUUUUUUAAGGUGUACUUAUGUAUCAGCAGUAAACCCCAGAAACUUGGCCAGGU